CAAAAUUACAAGAAUAACUCAACGAUGCAAUGAAUAUUCUAAAUAUAUUCUUUGUAAUUUAUUGGAAUAAUGCGUAAAGAAACUCGCCAGUACUGACAAUGUUCUAUAGUAGUGAUGCUAAGCUACAAUAUUCUAGCGGCAGUGACUGGAAACAAGGGUACAGAACUGUGUUUAGAAAAAUCCAAUAUUACUUGUAAUAAGUGCAACUUUCGGUUUAUUCAAUGUUUCCCAUAACGACAAAGAAUAAAAGAGGAUGGCCAUAUCUGAGGAACACAUCGAAUAUAUCAUAUCAGCCGCCAUUGACUUGGGGACCACUCACUCCGGCUUCGCUUUCUCUAUGCGACAUGACUUCUCUCGAGAUCCCACGCAAAUAAACGUCAAGAUUUGGCAUGAUGUAAAUGGUGGAAUACCCACUUACAAAGCACCGACCUGUGUUUUGUUUGAUGAAGAUCAGAAAUUUCAUAGUUUUGGUUACCAAGCAGAAGCGAAGUACCUUGACCUAAUCGACAAAGAAAAUGCCAGUGAUUGGUAUUUUUUCAAGAGAUUCAAGAUGCGUCUGUACGACCAAAAGGUAUCGUGUGAUGACCUUCUUUUAAAGGAAACAAAUAGAAAAACCCUGUCUGCAUUGAAGGUUUUCUCGGAAGUAAUCAAGUAUAUGAAGAAUGAGCUCUUCAAUGACUGUAAGAAACAGCUUCCAGAUAUCACAAUGUCUGACAUCAAAUGGGUGUUGACUGUUCCCGCAAUAUGGACGGAUCCAGCAAAAUCUUUCAUGAGGUCUGCUGCUGUGCAGGCUGGUAUAGAUGGUCGUCGCUUACAGCUGGCCUUGGAAUCAGAAGUGGCCGCUAUCCUAGUCAAACAUUUGCCAAUAGACAAAAUGGUGGAUAGUGGAGAGGGGUUGGUCUUUCAGUGUUUCGCUCAGGGUUCCAAGUAUUUACUUGUGGACGCAGGGGGGGGCACAGUCGAUGUUGCUGCUCAUGAAGUUCUUCAAGAUGGAAAAAUAAGGGAAAUAUAUCCCAGUUCUGGUGGAAACUGGGGAGGGACGAAAGUAGACGAAAAAUUUACGUCAUUUAUCAAGGAGGUUGUUGGUAUUGAUGCUAUGCAAGAAUUUGAGGAAAAUUACAAAGAUGGCGUGGUAGAAUUACAAAAAUCUUUCGAAAAUUUGAAGCGCUCAAUCAACCAAGACAUGGGUGAUUUUGCUACAAUAACGAUACCAGUAUCCCUGCUGGAAUCGUUCAAUACCACAAAUCCCGGAAAAACACUAAAAAAUCUCAAAGAGGUCAGACUCGAAAACGGACGAACAGCUAACGUGUCAUUCACUUCGAACAAAUUGAAAUUUGAUUCCAAAACUGCAAACAGAUUUUUCAAACAUGUUCUAUCAAAAAUCAUGGACCAUAUCAGUACACUCUUGAAACGCGAAAGGGGGAGAGAUAUUGCUUCAAUUAUAAUGGUUGGUGGAUUUGCAGAUUCACAGGCACUAUUACACAAAGUAAGAUUAAAAUUUCCCAAUAAAAGAUUAAUUGUCCCUCAGGAUGCUGCUUGGGCUGUGUUGAAAGGUGCUGUUAUAUUUGGCCACAAUCCUAAUCUAAUAAAACAACGCCGAAGCAGGUACACCUAUGGUGUUGGUGUUUCAAGAAAGUUUGUUGAAGGUCUCCACGAUGAAGAACAUAAAUUUACGGAGGAUGGUAUGGUGCGAUGCAAUGAUAUUUUUGACAAACACGUCGAGAGAGACCAACUUAUAACAGUUGGUGAGUACCAGACCGAUAAGUCGUACGGGUUAUUGAGCUCUUUUGGGUUUCAAUGGGGCGUGUAUGCUUCCUCAUCGGCGGAUCCAAAGUAUGUGACCGAUAAAGACUGCUUCAAAGUCGGUGAUUUGAUUCUUCCGAACCAACAGGUUGAUAUCUCGAGUAAAGUGCGCUUGCAGAUGUCCUUCAGUCUCACUGAAAUCGAGGUUAAACUCACUUAUCUUAAAACGAAGGCGACAACGACAUUGUAUCUUCAGUUCCAUUCUAACCAUAAUGCUAAGAAUUGAAAAGAGGUUUGCGCUUUGUGUAAUUUCACAGUAGUAUAUACUGUAUACUAAUGUAUAUGACUAUUCAAAGGAGCAUAAGCUGCUAAAGUCAUGUUAGCCGGUUGUUAACAAAAUAUUACCACCGAUAUAUUUCAAUGUGUAUACAUUUUGCAAUUUCUUAUUGUAAUUUUAGAAUUUUCUUUGUUUAUAGAGAAACAAUGGCAGAAACAGUCAUUGUAGAGGAGAUUUACAUCAUAUUCAUGAAAUUGCAUUGGAUGUCUUUUUUUACAUUCUCAAAUUUCUGUGUAUUAUUUGUAUGUGCUUUUAACUUUCAAAAUAUUUGAUCAUUAAAGAUUUUCUAACAUAGCACUAUAUAUAUAGAACUUAUCUGAAUAUAUCAGUAUAAUUUUGAAGCAAAAUUUGAAAUAAAAUUCCGAAAUACCAAA